GCUCCGCCCUUCUCAAGAUGGCGCUGCACUCAAUGCGGAAGGCGUGUGUGUUCCGGAGCUUCAUCCGGGCACUUCAUAAAGGACGCGAACCUGCUCCCGCUUCCCAGAGAGAUGCUGUUAAGCGAAUAUUCUCUGGCAUUCAGCCUACAGGGAUCCCCCACCUCGGCAAUUACCUGGGAGCCAUUGAGAGCUGGGUGAAAUUACAGGAUGAGCAUGGCUCCGUGCUGUACAGCAUCGUUGACCUACACUCGGUCACUGUCCCUCAAGACCCAGCCGUCCUUCGGCAGAGCAUCUUGGACAUGACUGCUGCUCUUCUUGCUUGCGGCAUAAACCCAGAGAAGAGCAUCCUUUUCCAACAAUCUCAGGUGCCUGAACACACACAAUUAAGUUGGAUCCUUACCUGCAUGGUCAGACUACCCCGAUUACAACAUUUACACCAGUGGAAGGCAAAGAACACCAAGCAGAAGCAUGAUGGAACCAUGGGCCUGCUCACGUACCCCGUGCUCCAGGCAGCUGACAUUCUGUUGUAUAAGUCCACACACGUUCCCGUCGGGGAGGAUCAAGUCCAGCACAUGGAGCUGGUUCAGGAUCUAGCACAAGGGUUUAACAAGAAGUAUGGGGAGUUUUUCCCGGUGCCCGAGUCCAUUCUGACAUCGAUGAAGAAAGUAAAAUCCCUCCGUGAUCCUUCUGCCAAAAUGUCGAAAUCAGACCCUGAUAAACUGGCCACCGUCAGAAUAACAGACAGCCCGGAGGAGAUAGUGCAGAAAUUCCGCAAGGCUGUGACGGACUUCACCUCGGAGGUGACCUACGACCCAGCCAGCCGAGGGGGUGUCUCCAACAUGGUGGCCAUUCACGCCGCGGUGACAGGACUCCCUGUGGAGGAAGUGGUCCAGCGCAGCGCUGGCCUCGACACCGCUCGCUACAAGCUGGUGGUAGCAGAUGCUGUGAUUGAGAAAUUUGCUCCAAUUAAGAGUGAAAUUGAAAAACUGAAGCUGGACAAGGACCACUUAGAGAAGGUUUUACAAACUGGGUCAGCAAAAGCCAAAGAAUUAGCGUAUCCUGUGUGCCAGGAGGUGAAGAAAUUGGUGGGGUUUCUAUAGGAAAGUUUCAACUAAUCACAAAAAGGCUUUUAUAUCUUGUGGUCUAUGCACUCCAAUAAACACUGCUUUCCUCACAAGCAAAAAUUGAUAGUUUGGGGACAUUUAAUUUGGUAUACCUAAUUAUUGGUUUCAUUUGAUGAAUAAUGCUUUGUAGCCUUCAAAUAGAGCAAUGUUCUAAAUCCCAUCAGCAAAAUGCUGUGG